CCUGGGUGGAGGUAAACAGAGUCAGCUGGGGGAGGCGUAGCAACAGUCACCCAGGGUGUGAUGGACAAAUAUGAAGGAGAAAUGUCACUGGAAGGAGAUAAUGAAAUUCUACUCAAUGGAGGAGACAUCGAGGAGGCCCCGACCAUAGACUUCUCGAGGGAUGCGGAGAACAAAGAGACGGAGGACGGCGACGGAGACCCGAAUCAAUACAGAGACCGGGAGGGUUUCAGAAUACCCACUAGUAAGCCCGUCUUGAACCUGCCGUACAAUGACCACAACCAUCCCGUCCCCUCGGCUUCCUUCCCCCGACUGGCUGAUGAACGUUCACCGCUGCUGAGGCCGUCAUCCUCCUAUUCAGGCCUCUAUUCAAGUUCUUGGUCGACCACGGUUGGACCUUCACCUUACACGUCAGAUAAUAGACCAAAAAGGAGACCGUUCCAUCAUGCUGUCGGUAGCAGUAGUUCAGCCAGCGGUGCACGGACCAUCGACAGCACCAGUGACGACGCUCACCUCUACACCCGCUACAGAUAUUACUCAAGGCUACGAGCGGACGUCCAUCCAAGUGAACGGGCGCUGGUGAUACCAGACCACGUUGUUCCAUCACAGUUGUUCCUGCCGUACAUACCCGGCCACAUACCAGAUGCUGACGGCAAACAGGCUUCUCAUAUCACCAUUAUUGCCAUUUGGAACACAAUGAUGGGUACGUCUCUCAUGACGAUGCCGUGGGCGUUUGGUCAGGCUGGUUUUGCUGGCGGGCUCAUCAUUAUGCUGGGUAUGGCAGGCCUGUCCUUGUACACUGCUAUACGGCUCCUCACGCUGCAGAAGACCAUGGGUUUGGAAGGUCCGUCCCAGGAGUUGAGUCGCGUAUGUUUGCAGCUGCUGGGGGGAACCCUGGGUAAACUGACAGAAGGCCUAACAGUGAGUUUUUCAGUGCUCACUCUGGUCGGGGCGCAGGUUGUCUACUGGGUCCUUAUGUCCAACUUCCUCUUCAACACUGGAGAGAUAAUAUAUGAUAGCAUCAAUGGUGAAAUACACAAUGACUCCAAUACAUUGCUGUGUCCUCCAAACAUAACCCUUGAGGAUCUCACUACAGGAGACCCGAGUGAAUUUCAUCGUUGGUGGAAACAAGAUCUGACUGUUCCCUUGUACCUUAUUCUGCCGUUUCUAUUCAUUCUCAAUCUCCGCGAUGCCAAGAUAUUCACCUACUUCAAUUCUCUCGGUGCGAUCUCUGUGAUUGUGAUGUACCUGUUUGUUGUGUCCAAGGCGGCCGUCUGGGGGAUCAACAUUAACUUCACGGACCCAAGGGAUGACUUCUAUGUUCCUCUGUUUAAGGGUACCUUCAUGUGCCUUACUGGGACCUUGUCUCUGGCUUACUUCAUCCACAACUGUGUCGUCACCAUAAUGCAGGGCAACAGACACCAGGAGAACAAUGUACGAGACCUUACUAUCUCCUACGUCUUGGUUGCAGCGACGUACAUACCCAUUGGUGUACUCUUCUACGUCACAUUUCCUCUACCGAAGUAUUGUGUUGUUGAUAAUUUCCUGGACAACUUUCCCCCACAUGAUGUGGUGCUGGCGGUCGUGCGUGGAUUCCUCUUCUUCCAGAUCCUCACCGUGUAUCCGCUCCUUGGCUUCUUCAUCCGCAACCAGCUGUUCACGUACUUCAUGGGCCCCAGCUAUGAGUUUAAGCUGUGGCGCGUCAGCAUCCUCAACGUGUGUCUCAUAACUCUGUCUGUCUUAGUGGCUAUACUCUACCCUAACAUUGGAUUUAUCAUCCGGUGGAUUGGUGCCAUCUCAGGCCUGGCGUACAUCUUCAUGCUCCCUUGUGUCACGUACCUGGUGGCUCUCUACUCACAAGACCAACUCCACUGGUAUCAAUUUGUCAUACAUUUUGGCAUCAUUCUAUUGGGUAUUGUUAAUUUUGUUAGUCAGUUCCUUAUUGGAGAGUAAAUGUCUCAGUUUGGUAUAUAUUUGUUAUAUACAUGUGUGUGUGUAUAUAAAUUUGGUGGGUGUACAGGGUACAGGUAUAUAUUAAUUUUAUAUAUAAAUUUGAUAUGCUGUACUGUACAGGUAUAUAUAAAUUUAAUGUAUAUAAAUUUUAUAUAAAAAUUUCUAUAUUGUGGUGGAGCAAAUUAUAGAUAUAUUUUUGCUUUUGAUUUAUGUAUUUUUAACCAACCAGCAGAGAUAUACAUAAAUAAUUGUGAACAAACCUAUCUAACAUUCCUACUGCACUGGUUAAUGUUAAACAAUUAUAUUUUACAUCAUCCAAAUAACUGUUAAGGAUUACAAUCUCAUUUACUCAGAUUUAUUUUUUUUUUUUACAGAAUAUCUGAUAAUUUUUUCCAUAGAGGUACCGUACAAUAUAAGCUGUUCUUUACGUCAGUGGUUAAGCUUCAGAGAGUUGCCGAGCCAAAAGCUUUCCCAAUCGACCGUCUCUCUGGGAUUAAUUUGUGUGUUCAGUGUUACGUAAAUGAUUGUAAAGUGUGUUCAGUUAUGUAAAUCUGUUCUAUUUUUAUCAGUAAUAUUUAGAUAACGUGAAAAUUAAGCACCCAGCUUAUUUUACCGUAAAAGUAACCAUCCUAACAUAACCUAACCAAACCUGACUCUCCCCAGGUAGCAUUAGGGUGUUUAACCUCUUGUGUACAGCGUCGCCUCUGAGCUGAAUAAAAUCGUCCGCCGUUAGUCAAAUAAAAAUACUAUUAAAAAUGGCGUCCUGUAAGGAAGGCGUUCAUCAUUUUGUGAAAUAAGCUAGGGAGGUCUGGUUCUUCACAUGAUUUUUAAUAUAUUCAGUUUAGUGUCAGAAAUAUUAACUAGGUACCAGAGAUGAGAGACUUACGAGGAGAAAAACAAUUAAACAUAAUGUGUAAAUGUUUCGGUGAUACGUCUAUCUUGACUUAACCUGCCGUACAUCUUGUAGUGGCUGCAGUUCAAAUGGUCCGUCGUCUUGUUGUGCUCCGGCCUAACUUAACCUAACCUCACCCAGCCCAACUUAACCAAUUUCAUAGGUUUUAGACCCAUUGAAUUUAUGGUCUAUGAGGAUUGGGACCCAUUAAGACUAGAACCCAUUAGUAUUGGGGUUCUUUAGGUCUUGGGGCCCCAAUUUUAAUAGUUAGAUUUGGGGCCUAUUAAGACUGGGGCCCACAUAACCAGUUACUGUACUCUUGUAAUUAUGGUAAAUAGUGUCGUUUUAUUUUGCCAACUUCCUUACACGAUCCUAGAAGAUUAGUGUUCAUAGGGAAGCCAUGCUAGUGCCUGCUUGGAGUCUUGAUUCACAGAGGAUUGUUUUGGCCAGUUCCUCGUGCCUGAAGAUGUGGGAAUGUACCUACCAUAACUGGUUGGCGUGAGCUUCGGGUACAGAAAUUACCAUAAGUAAAAACCAUGAAUAAUUAUACAGUACUGAGACUUUACCUUUAUUAGCUACGUUCACCCAAUCUUAAUUUGUUCUAAUUAAUAGUAUCAGAUUAAGGUAGAUUCUCAGUGUAAUUUUGUCUCCUAACUGGUGUUAAUUGAAUGUACAGCAUCAGCUUGAGGUAGAAUCUCAGUAUAAUUUUUGAUGUCAUAUUUGUACUUAAGCUUUAGUCAGCCAGUUAGAUACAUCCUAAAAUCUUCAUUGUCAAGGAAUAAACAUCUUCCAGACCUCCUCCAUCUGGACCCUGGAGAAGUACAGAAUGUGUGAUAUAUAAAGUACUUCUCUAAGUCUCCUAGUUCUUUGUGUGAUAUGAGUAGCAUCUCAGUUUCAGCUUAUUCAGGUUAUUUCUUGUCAUAAAUUGAUAUUAUUGUUUUAUACGUUAGGUUUAGAUGUGCAUUUAUUUAGGGUUUUAGUCGAUGGGAGGUUCUCCGUGUGACGGCUCGCUCUGAUGCUGGGACUAUCCAUGCAAGUGAUGAUGACGUUGGCACAGUCACAAACUAGAGUCCGGUCGCCUCUUUUGCUGCUCCAUGAAGCCAGAGAUUCAGACUCAUGAAUCUGAAGCAUUUAUGGACAGAAUAAUGUAUCAAUGUUUACUGCUUCGGAUUCACGAGUCUGAAUCUCUGGCUUAAUGGAGCAUUUGGAUUGGGGACAGGACCUUUGUUUGCGACUGUACAUAGAAAGAAUAAAAGAGGUAUAGAAAAAUGUAUUGGUAACAAUUAUUUAACAUGCGCUUAAAUCAGAAUCAGGAAUAAUAAUCACUGGAAUUAGUCAAGUUAAGGUUCGCUUACCCGGUAAAUCAGAAUAAAGAUAAUAAUCACUGGAAUUAGUUAGGAUUAAUAUAAAGUUAAAUGAUGUAUACUUGACAUAAGUGAGGUACAUCUGACAGUGAGAGUCGAGACCAUGAAGGAAGAUGGUCACAAAGAUGUUACUCGCUCCCUGGCUGUUGGUAUGGGCGACGAGGUGACUGAGUUAAGUACUGUGAUAGGAACUGCAGCACUACAAAUAGGAGCUGUGGAUGUAGUUCCUUUUAAUGAGUGUUUACUGUACUGUAUUUUACGGUAGGAGUGUUUACUGUACUGUAUUUUACGGAAGGAGUGAUUACUGUACUGUAUUUUAUGGAAGGAGUGUUUACUGUACUGUAUUUUA